AUGGUCAACUCCCCACUGUCCAGGGAACGACCGUCAGCCUACAAGCAUGUUUCAUGUUGUCACGCCUCGAAACAGAUACAGGUGAAGAACUGCGGGAGUUUCAACGUAUACCAUUUGCCUAGAACACCGGGGUGUCCGAUGGCUUACUGUGCCGGUAACAAACCAGUGUGCAAACGUGGACAGUCUAGCAUCGGGUCGGCAAAUUGUACAGAUUUGUAUCCCAGAAUGACACAUGUCCCUAUCCUAGGUAAGCCUAUUAUCGUCGAUGCACAAGGCCAUGUUGGGAGCACCUGCAGUACAACUGGCAAUGUUAAAUUUCCGUGUCACAUCCCUUACCCCAAGGGGGAACCGGAUGUAUCUUUUGAGGUCACAUGGAUAUCGAACGGACACGAUCCGAUCAUGAUUACAGGAACACAAACUCCAGUAGUUACCACCCUGAACGGCGAUGACAGGGAUGCUUUGCUUGAUGGAAGAUAUAUGAAAGGUCACAUGGGCACAACG